CUUAAAAAAAAAAAGAGAAUCCAUUUGCAUGUCCGAUAUCAUCUCUACCCGUCUCUCUCUCAACAUCCGCAGCCUCCCGACCUUGCCGUCCAGUCCUCCAUUUCAGAGUUCUAUCUUCUUUCCGUCCACUUCGAACUCCAUCCCGUCAAAUCUGAAUGUUGUGUCUUCGUCUUAGAGGCUUAGCAACUUAUCGAUGUUCUUUUACUAUUGAUGGUGGAUUUAUAGGUGUAAACAUUUAUGGGUAUUGAAUAUCAAUGGAGGAGCAAUUCAUUCUCAGAGUUCCCCCUUCUGUUGCUGAGAGAAUUGAACGUCUUUUGAAUGAAGACCCUUCUUCUGGGGAAGACAAGUCUUUAGAUUUGUCUUUUUCUGAAAAUGGGAGGAGUGGAACUUUUGUUAUAGGCAAUGAUCAUUUCCCAGUAUCUCUAUUAGAUCUUCCUUCUGUUGUGGAAUCAUACAAAACCUAUGAUGACAGUGCUCUGGUUAAAACUGCAGACAUUGGUCAGAUGAUUAUGGUUAGAGAAGCAGGUGAUUCUGCUCCAGAUGUGGUGGAGUACAGACAUGGUAUCACCCCUCCAAUGAGGGAUGCUCGAAAACGUAGAUUCCGGAGGGAGCCAGACCUAAAUCCUGAGCUUGUACAGCGUGUUGAGAAAGAUUUGUUGAACAUCAUGAGCGGUGGAACAAUCGAAAAUGCAGAUCCUGAAGUGAAUGACCAAGAGGAAGAUGCUGACGGAAAUGCAUGUAAUGCAAACAAGAAAGUUGCACCUAUUCCUGCACCAAAGGAGGUUGAUGUUGCUGAGGCUGAAGCUAACACUGGGGUGCCGGAAAGAAGUGAUUCUGAGGAGUCUGAUGAUUCCAUGUAACUUUAAAUCUUAUUACAAUUCAAUAUGUUCAUCAUAUGCACAACAAAUAAAUUUAAAGCAGAUUCUGUUGUGCAGUUCCUGCCUGUUUCUUGUAUCAGUUGUACUAAUGACACCAGGUAACUUUUGAGGAAGAAUGUAUAUAUUUAUCUUUAAUUAUAGGCAUCUUAUAAUUUCCUGAAA